AUGGCAGACCUAACACCAACACACAUUAGCUGGCAACCAUCAGCAAAUGCUGGCGCACACCAUACUGACAGAUAUGCCAACACGGAACUGACUGUGAGGCGAGGACAAGCUUUUGCCAUUGGCCUGUACUUCAACAGGCCACAACAGCCUGGGGAGAGCUUAGCAUUUGUCGCUGAAAUAGGUCCAUCUCCCUCCGAGUCUCAUCACACAAAGGCCGUAUUUGCCAUCUCCGAGGCAGGGGCUAGCGGCUGGCGUGCUGCCCAGGAGCCCAGUGAGUCUGGCUACAUAAACUUCACAAUAUCCAGCCCAGCCAAUGCUGUCAUUGGACGAUACAAUCUCACCCUCCAGGUAACCUCUGGGAAUAGGAUCUUCUCCAGAUUCCUGGGGCAGUUUGUGAUGCUCUUUAACCCAUGGUGUCCAGCUGAUGAUGUCUACAUGGCUAAUGAAAAUGAAAGACAGGAAUAUGUUCUGAACGAAAAUGGAAUUAUCUUUGUGGGCAAUGCAAAGUAUAUUGAAGCAAGAGGAUGGUACUAUGGACAGUUUCAAGAUCCUCUUCUAAAUAUCUGUCUCACCAUGCUUGAUCUGAGCCUGUAUUAUCGUCAGGAUCCAGCCACCGAUGUAUCCCGAAGAGGAGAUCCUAAAUAUGUGGGCAGAGUAAUAAGUUCUAUGAUCAAUGGAAAUGAUAAUGAUAACGGAGUCCUCUUGGGAAAGUGGCAAGGAAGUUUCCAUUCUCAUGAAAAUCCAUCCAGAUGGGAUGGCAGUGUGGUAAUCCUUCAGAAAUGGCGUCAGGACAACUACAAGCCUGUUCAAUACGGCCAAUGCUGGGUUUUUGCAGGUGUAAUGUGCACAGUUCUGAGGUGUUUGGGAAUUCCAACUCGUUUGAUUUCAAAUUUUAACUCUGCUCAUGAUGUGGAUAGAAACCUGAGUAUUGAUAAAUACUAUGACAGCUCUGGAAAGAGUCUUAAUAUCGGCAAGGAUUCCACAUGGGACUAUCAUGUCUGGAAUGAAAGCUGGUUUGUUCGUCAAGACCUGGGAACAUCAUACAAUGGAUGGCAAGUUCUAGAUGCAACUCCACAAGAACAAAGCAAAGGACUGUUUCAGUGUGGCCCUGCAUCUGUCACAGCCAUCAAAGAAGGUGAUGUAGACUUGGAUUACGACACUUUAUUUGUGUACACAGAGGUGAAUGCUGAUUGCAACAGAUGGAUUGUAUACAAUGAUGGAACUAAGAAAAGAGUUUAUUGUGAUACUGAAAUAAUUGGCAGGUUCAUCAGCACCAAAGCUGUGGGCAGCAAUUCUCGUGUGGAUGUCACUUAUAACUAUAAAUAUCCAGAAGGUUCUUCUGAGGAAAGACGUGUUUAUAGAAAAGCCUGGGCUAAGAUAUUUGGAUCAAAUGUCCCAGAAAGACGCAGAGAGUCUACAAAUGAAAGAUCUUCAGAGAUGAUGAGAAACCCUGGAAUCUCUGGGAAAUUCAAGCUGGCUGAACCUCCAGUGUUCGGCAAAGACAUUAACCUAAUCUUAAUUCUCAAUAACCUAUCUUUCGAUCACAAGACAGUGAGGGUAGAUAUAAGUGCAUCAACUAUCCUAUACACAAGGCGAGCAGUGUCAGAGAUCCUGCAGGCAACCACCUCUGUGGAUCUUGGGUCUAAGCAAGGUAAAUAA